AUGGAGAAAGCCAAUAUUACAAAAACAAGAGAUUUUUACUUCACAGAGCUGUCUGAUCUCCCAGAAGUGCGAAUCUUCCUCUUUGUAGCAAUUCUGCUGAUUUACUUGAUCACUCUGGCAGGGAAUGGCUCAAUCCUCAUGGCAAUAGCGACGGAUGUUCACCUCCAGACGCCCAUGUACUUCUUCAUCAGCAACCUGUCUUUCCUGGAUGUCCUUUGUCCAACUGUCACUGUGCCCAAGAUGCUCCAGGUCUUCUUGUCAGAGGACAAGUCAAUAUCAUUUGUGGGCUGUGUAUUACAACUCUUCUUUCUGAUUGAUGCUGUGGGCACUGAAAUUUUAUUACUCUCAGUGAUGGCGUAUGACCGCUACGUGGCUAUCUGCAGUCCCUUGCACUACACAAACAUCAUGACAAAAUGGCGGUGUGUUCAGCUGGCUGCAGGGACCUGGCUAACCGGCUUCAUCAGUUCCAUGAUUCAUACUUCAUUGACCUCUACAUUAUCCUUCUGUGAGCCCUAUAAAAUUCAUCAAUAUUACUGUGAUAUCCCACCGUUAAUGGCUGCCUCUUGCUCCUCUACCUACCUCCCAGAACUGGCUGCUCUCCUUGUGGGUGGCAUUUUAGGAGGUGGUGCAUUCCUGGUCACUCUGAUAUCUUACAUCUAUAUCAUCUCUACUAUCUUGCGCAUGCAGUCUGCUGAGGGAAGGCGCAAAGCCUUUUCCACCUGUGGUUCCCACUUGACUGUAGUUUUCCUGUUUUAUGGGACCACCAUUGCCACCUAUGUUCGCCCCACCUCCAGCUAUUCGCCCAAACAGGACAGAAUUAUUUCCAUGUUGUAUGGGAUUGUUACUCCUAUGCUAAACCCUAUGAUCUACAGCCUGAGGAACAAAGACGUUAAGAGAGCCUUGGUCAAAGCCCUCAGCCUUAAAAUAUUUUCAUGA